UUAAGAUGUUUCUGAUAUAUUGAAAUCAUGGAUGCUACAACUGAGUAUGAAAUAACUGAACCUGUAAGUUUAGGAUUAAAACGAAGAGGAUCAGACAACGAAAAGAGAGAAACAAAGACAAAACUACGGAGAAGAUCGGUCCAGAGACGUUAUUUUUUAAGAUCCAAGGCCCACAAUGAAAAGUUGAACAAGGAAUUGAAAGUAAUAGAUAUUUCUAAGAAUUUGAUUACUCAAUCAUUGCAAAGCGAAUCACUGCAAAGCGAUUUCUCAUACUCGCCAAGUACCCCUAUCAAGGAAACUGCUACAGGAAGUAGUAAUGAAAAGACCGACUCGCGCAUUGGUAGAGGUUCAAUAAAGUAUUCGAAAGAAAAGAAACAGACGAUAGAAGAAAGAGAUUGGUCAACAUUUCCAAUCUUUGGGAGUACACAGGAAGUGGAUAAAGAUGAAUCACAUGGGAUUUACACGGAUGAUGGGAACAGCAAAGAAAAUUCUGAUGCAUUAGAUGAGCAGAGAUUUCAGGAAAUUAAAAAUGAUGAAGAGAACAGCGACGACGAAAAUUCUAUUACAUCAGAACCAGUUAUAAAUGAUGAGAGAGGCACAAAGCAGGAGCUUAGUGAAUAUAUUUACAGAAUCCUUCGAUUUGAUGAAAAUUGUCAAAAUGGACUGCGCCCAAAGAACAUAUUUUCAGGAAUAAGUCUACAGCAACACGUAGAAAGGGGGAGUAAAGGUCAGGAAUCGAGGUAUAUUUCCUGCUGUAAAACACUUGAUGGCAUAGAGAGGCUUGGAGGCCUAACUAAUGAGUAUCAAAGAGUUAGAGAGGUGGUACAGAUAAAUAUCACGAAGCUUAAAGACAGAGCCCGAAUUAUAGAUCUGACCAAGGAGGAAAUACGAGAACGUCAUAUUUCACGAUAUUCUACAGCAUGGGGAUUUGCCGAAAAAUUUGAGGAAGUGAAUAUAGACCCAACGUCACAUGUUCCUUCAGAAUGUGUGGAGAAAAUUGGUGUCGUUCACAUGAGAAGGUUUAAGAAAACAUAAAGUGUUGCUCCCCUACCGCCAUGAGAAGACAUGUUACAUACUUUACAAGAUGACUAAGCGAAAGGAAAUGCAUAAUGUUUUUUUUUGGGGGGAGGGGGAGGGGACCGGCCCACGUGUAGGUUUAAAUAAAAUUUCAGAUUUUCUGGAAAGCCAUACCUGCAACUGAAUAAUCAUCUCUUCACUAGUCUUACUGAAAUACAUGUAGCUCUCUAGCGCCACGAGUUUUGUCUUGUUUAAAUAAGAAAAUGGUAUUAAAAUCAGUUUCAUAGAACAUUGAAUAGUAAAAUACGCUGUCAUCUUGGAAACACUCUAGGUCCUCUGUUGUGUUUAUCAAUAUUUUCUUCCCAUGAUGACCUCGGAGUUUCGCAAAAAUUCGACCGUCAUAAGUCAUUAGGUGUCAUGGU